CUUGGAGGUGUCAACAUCUCUCUCUGCCAGGAGUGGGGAGGGGAGAGCUCGUCUGUCUGCUAAGCCAUGGCUGUCCGGGCCCCUGCACCGCGGGGCGACGUCGGCGCUGAGAGAUACCUGUUUGUGGACCGAAACCAGGUGGGAAACCCAGCAUCACAAGCUGACUGGACAGCCAAGCGACUGGUGUGGGUCCCAUCGGAGCGUCAUGGCUUUGAGGCGGCUGGGCUGCGGGAAGAGCGGGGAGAUGAGGUGCUGGUGGAGCUUACCGAGAACGGGCGUCAGGUGCUGGUCGCCAAGGAUGACAUCCAGAAGAUGAACCCUCCCAAAUUCACCAAGGUGGAAGACAUGGCGGAGCUGACCUGUCUGAACGAGGCUUCUGUGCUGCAUAACCUCAAAGACCGCUACUACUCUGGCCUCAUCUAUACAUAUUCGGGGCUUUUCUGCGUGGUCAUCAACCCUUAUAAGAACUUGCCCAUUUAUACAGAGCAAAUCGUGGAGAUGUAUCGGGGCAAGAAGCGCCAUGAGAUGCCCCCCCACAUCUAUGCCAUCUCUGAGGCGGCCUAUCGAAGCAUGUUGCAAGACCGAGAAGAUCAGUCCAUCUUGUGCACGGGGGAAUCUGGCGCUGGCAAGACCGAAAACACUAAAAAAGUGAUCCAGUACUUGGCGCAUGUGGCUUCAUCUCACAAAGCCCGUAAGGACCACAAUGUGCCGACCUCCAACCCUGCUUCCUACGGUGAACUGGAACGGCAACUGCUACAAGCCAACCCGAUCUUGGAAGCAUUUGGCAAUGCAAAAACCGUCAAAAACGACAACUCCUCACGAUUUGGUAAAUUUAUACGCAUCAAUUUUGAUGUAGCUGGCUACAUUGUUGGAGCCAAUAUAGAGACAUAUCUGUUGGAGAAAUCCCGAGCUAUCCGUCAAGCCAAGGAUGAGCGAACCUUCCACAUCUUUUAUCAGCUUUUAGUGGGCGCUGGUGAGCACAUGAAAGCGGAGUUGCUGCUGGAGCCAUUCAACCAGUACCGCUUCCUAUCCAAUGGGUACCUGCCCAUACCAGGGCAGCAGGACAAAGAGAUCUUUCAGGAGACCAUGGAGUCGAUGCGCAUCAUGGGUUUUUCCCACGAGGAGAUACAUUGUAUGUUGCGGAUGGUCUCAGCUGUGCUGCAGUUUGGGAACAUUUCUUUCCGGAAGGAGAGAAACACAGACCAGGCCUCCAUGCCUGAUAACACAGCUGCCCAGAAGCUCUGCCACCUUCUAGGCAUGAACGUCACAGAGUUCUCCCGUGCCAUCCUCACCCCACGCAUCAAGGUCGGGAGAGACUAUGUGCAGAAGGCUCAGACGAAGGAGCAGGCCGACUUUGCUGUUGAAGCUCUAGCAAAAGCCACCUAUGAGCGGCUCUUCCGCUGGCUGGUGCAUCGGAUCAACCGUGCGCUGGACCGUACCAAGCGCCAAGGGGCAUCCUUCAUUGGUAUUCUGGACAUCGCAGGUUUUGAAAUAUUCCAGCUGAAUUCCUUUGAACAGCUUUGCAUCAACUACACCAAUGAAAAACUCCAGCAGCUGUUCAAUCAUACGAUGUUUGUGCUGGAGCAGGAAGAAUACCAGCGAGAAGGCAUCGAGUGGAACUUCAUCGACUUCGGCCUGGACCUUCAACCUUGCAUCGACCUCAUUGAGAGGCCGGCAAACCCCCCAGGGGUGCUAGCUCUGUUGGAUGAGGAAUGCUGGUUCCCCAAAGCCACUGACAAGAGCUUUGUGGAGAAAGUGACUCAGGAACAGGGAUCCCACCCCAAGUUCCAGAAGCCCCGGCAGCUGCGAGACAGAGCUGACUUCUGCAUCAUUCAUUACGCUGGCAGGGUUGAUUACAAAGCGGAUGAAUGGCUCAUGAAGAACAUGGAUCCUUUGAACGACAACGUGGCCACCCUCCUCCACCAGAGCGCAGACAAGUUCACAGCAGAACUGUGGAAAGACGAAAUCCAGAACAUACAGAAGGUCUAUUUCUUUGACAGCUAUGCUGUGGCUCCUCAGGUGGACCGAAUUGUGGGUCUGGACCAAGUGAGCGGUAUGGGAGACCUCGCCUUUGGUGCCUCGUACAAGACAAAGAAGGGAAUGUUCCGCACGGUGGGGCAGCUGUACAAGGAGAGCCUCUCCAAGCUCAUGUCAACCCUGCGCAACACGAACCCCAACUUUGUGCGCUGCAUCAUACCAAACCAUGAGAAGAGAGCUGGAAAACUGGAACCACACCUUGUCCUGGAUCAACUGCGCUGCAAUGGAGUCCUGGAGGGAAUUCGCAUUUGCCGCCAGGGAUUCCCCAACCGCAUCAUCUUUCAGGAAUUCCGACAGAGGUAUGAGAUACUCACGCCCAACGCCAUCCCUAAGGGCUUCAUGGAUGGGAAACAGGCCUGCGAGCGCAUGAUCAAGGCUCUAGAGUUGGACCCCAACCUCUACCGCAUCGGCCAGAGCAAGAUCUUCUUCCGGGCUGGUGUUCUGGCUCACCUGGAAGAAGAACGGGACCUGAAGAUUACAGAUAUCAUUGUGUCCUUCCAGGCUGCAGCCCGGGGAUACCUAGCUCGCAAGGCUUUUAUGAAAAAGCAGCAACAGAUGAGCGCUCUCAAGGUCAUGCAGCGCAACUGCGCCGCCUACCUCAAGCUGCGCCACUGGCAGUGGUGGCGUCUGUUCACCAAGGUGAAGCCCCUCUUGCAGGUGACACGGCAGGAUGAGGUGAUGCAAGCCAAGGCACUGGAGCUGCAAAAGGUGCAAGAGAAACACUCAAAAACCCAAACGGACCUCAAGGAACUGGAAAACAAAUACCAGCAGCUCGCAGAGGAGAAGUCCAUCCUAACAGAGCAGUUGCAGGCUGAGAUUGAGCUCUUUACAGAAGCUGAGGAGAUGCGGGCGCGACUGGCAGCACGGAAGCAAGAGCUGGAGGACAUUCUGCAUGAGCUGGAGUCGCGGGUGGAAGAGGAAGAGGAGCGUUGCCAGCAGCUGCAGGGGGACAAGAAGAAGAUGCAGCAGCACGUGCAGGACCUUGAGGAGCAGCUGGAGGAAGAAGAAGCCGCCCGGCAGAAGCUGCAGCUGGAGAAAGUCAGCACAGAAGCUAAGCUGAAGAAAAUGGAAGAAGACUUACUGGUGCUGGAAGACCAAAACUCAAAGCUGCUCAAAGAGAGGAAGCUGAUGGAGGAACGUCUUUCGGAGUUUACCUGUCACAUGGCAGAAGAGGAGGAGAAAGUGAAGAGCCUGUCCAAACUGCGCAACAAAUACGAAGCAGUCAUGGCCGACAUGGAAGAUCGGCUGAAGAAGGAGGAGAAGGGCCGCCAAGAACUGGAGAAGCUGAAGCGCAAGCUGGACGGGGAGGCAGGUGAUCUGCAGGAGCAAGUGGUGGAGCUUCAACAGCAACUGGAAGAGCUCCGCCAAGCACUGGCAAGGAAGGAGGCUGAGCUGCAGGCAGCCCUGGCCAGAGUGGAAGAAGAAUCGGCACAGAAGAAUGCCGUGCUGAAGUCGCUGCGUGAGCUACAGGCACAGUUAGCAGAGCUGCAGGAGGAUAUGGAGUCCGAGAAGGCAGCUCGCGCCAAGGCUGAGAAGCAGCGGCGUGACCUAGGUGAGGAGCUGGAGGCACUGAAGACAGAACUCGAGGACACCCUGGACUCGACCGCUGCGCAGCAAGAGCUACGAUCAAAGCGGGAGCAGGAAGUGACUGAGCUAAAGAAGACCAUAGAGGAGGAAGUCAAGGCGCAUGAGGCACAAGUGAUGGAAAUGCGCCAGCGUCAUACAAGUGCCCUUGAGGAACUGUCGGAGCAGCUGGAGCAGUCACGUCGGUUCAGAACUAAUCUGGAGAAGGCCAAGCAAGCCUUGGAGGGAGAGAGUGCCGAGAUGCAGAAAGAAGUGAAACUUCUGCAAGGGACCAAACUGGAGUCGGAGCAACGGCGCAAGAAACUGGAGGGGCAAGUCCAGGAGCUGCAGCUUCGGGUGGCCGAGAGUGAGAAGGCCAAGGCUGAACUCACAGAAAGGCUGGUGAAGCUGCAGAGUGAACUUGAUGCAGUCUCUGGUACCCUGGGAACUGCGGAGUCCAAGACGAUAAAGCUUGCCAAAGACCUGGCCAGUAUUGAAUCUCACCUGCAAGAUACUCAGGAACUGCUCCAGGAAGAGACACGGCAGAAGCUGAACCUGAGCUCGCGAGUCCGGCAGUUGGAGGAGGAAAAGGCAGCCCUAGCGGAGCAACUGGAGGAGGAGGAGGCUGUUAAAGCCAACUUCACCCGCCAGACCCAGGCCUUGCAGCAGCAGGUGAUGGAGACCAAGAAGAAACUGGAGGAGGAUGCUGGAGUUGCAGAGUCAAUAGAAGAAGCCCGGCGCCGAGCAGCCAAGGAACUAGAGGCUCUCGGCCUGCGCUACGAGGAGCGUGUCCAGGCCUGUGACAAGCUGGAAAAAGGACGGACCCGGCUACAGCAGGAGCUGGAUGAUGUCACGGUGGCCCUGGACCAGCAGCGCCAGGUGGUCUCUGCACUUGAGAAAAAGCAGAAGAAGUUUGACCAGAUGCUGGCCGAGGAGAAGCUGAUCUCUGCUCGCCAUGCGGAGGAAAGGGACCGCGCAGAGGCUGAUGCUCGCGAGAAGGAGACCAAGGUGCUGUCGUUGAGCCGCGCCCUAGAGGAGGCGCAAGAGACGCGGGAUGAGCUGGAGAGGCAGAACAAGCAGCUGCGGGCAGAGAUGGAUGAUCUGGUCAGCUCGAAAGAUGACGUCGGAAAGAAUGUGCAUGAGCUGGAACGGUCCAAGCGAGCCCUGGAGCAGCAAGUGCAAGAGAUGCGGGCCCAACUGGAGGAGCUGGAAGACGAGCUUCAGGCCACAGAGGAUGGGAAGCUCCGGUUGGAGGUCAACAUGCAAGCUCUGAAGGCCCAGCACGAGAGGGAACUGCAAAGCCGGGACGAUGCCAACGAUGACAAAAAGAAGCUGCUCAGCAAGCAGGUGCGGGAGCUGGAGGCUGAACUGGAUGCAGAGAGGAAGCAACGGGCUCAGGCGCUUGCAGCCCGGAAGAAACUUGAGCUCGAUCUGCAGGAGGCGCUGGCACAACUGGAUGCUGCCAACAAGGGACGGGACGAGGCAGGGAAACAGCUGCGCAAGUUGCAGGCCCAGAUGAAAGAGCUCUGGCGGGAAGUGGAGGAAGCCCGAGCAGCCCGCGAGGAGAUCUUCAUCCAGUCCCGUGAGAGCGAGAAGAAACUGAAGAAUCUGGAGGCGGAGCUAUUGCAGCUGCAGGAGGAGCUGGCGGCCUCGGAACGAGCCAAGCGGCAGGCACAACAGGAGCGAGACGACCUGGCCGAUGAGUUGGCCAAUGGGAACAGCGGCAAAUCAGCCCUCCUGGAUGAAAAACGCCACUUGGAGGCUAGAAUCGGGCAGCUGGAGGAAGAGCUAGAUGAAGAGCAGAGCAACAUGGAGCUCUUGAAUGACCGAUACCGUAAGCUCAGCAUGCAGGUUGAAACUCUUACCACAGAGUUGGGGGCCGAGCGCAGCUUUUCACAGAAGGCGGAAAAUGCCCGACAGCAGCUGGAGCGCCAGAACAAAGACCUGAGGGCCAAGCUGGGAGAGAUGGACUCAUCUGUCAAGUCCAAGUAUAAGCUCGCGAUUGCAACUUUGGAGUCCAAGGUAGCCCAGCUGGAAGAGCAGUUGGAGCAGGAGUCCAGGGAAAGGAUCUUGUCAGGGAAACUCGUGCGGCGGGCAGAAAAGAAACUCAAGGAGGUCAUCCUACAGGUGGAGGAAGAGAGGAGGAACUCAGACCAGUACAAGGAUCAGGUUGAGAAGAGCCACCUGCGGCUGAAGCAGCUGAAACGGCAGCUGGAGGAGGCAGAGGAAGAGGCAUCCCGGGCCAACGCUAGCCGACGUCGCAUGCAGCGAGAGCUUGAGGAUGUCACGGAGUCGGCUGAGUCCAUGAACCGUGAGGUCACCAACCUGCGGAACCGACUCAGACGUACACCUCUGAGCUUCACCACUCGAACCGUGCGGCAGGUUUUCCGCUUGGAUGGCGUUUCAGAUGAGGAGACCGAGGACCCGGAAAGCGACUCCCCGUCUGCAAACCACCAGCCCUCCCAGCCUCCAGUUUCCUCUCAGGGGCAACAGCAGCAGCCCACCCCCCCGGCUGAGCCAGCCCAGACUGAAUGAGGAAGGGUGUGUUAGACCCCCAGGUGGGUGGGGCAGACCUUGGGGUAGGGAUCCCUGAUCUUGUGCAGUGUCUGAAAUGCAUAUGGGAACGGGCCCUCCCCCCCCCACUCACCUAGCCCCGCUGCCAAUCCUGGCUCUUCUUAUAAGGGUCUCCUAACUAAUUUGAGAGAGCCCUUCUCAUAUCAGGAUGCACUUUAAUGCCCACCACCCCUGAGGGGUGGCGUUAGGAUGGGGUCGGGGGUCAGGAUUUUAACUAUAUCCCUUUUAACUGAGAGAAAAACCCCAACUCAAAUAGCCAAUAUCUCUCCGGCACUUUUUUUCUUGCCCUUCUUUAUUUUGUCGUCGUCCCCCCCACCCCCGCCCCCCAGUUCCAGUCAGAACAUAAAAAAAACUUCUUCCCAAUCUAAAAGAUUGUGAACAGUUAAUGGACACAGACUGGUGGCAAAGAACGACCCAAUCUGACAAUGCAGCUGCUUCUGGAGCAAAGAUGUUGGCCUGUCCCCCCAUCCCUCUGCCUGGGUCAUCCAGGUCUAGGGGCGGCGGCAGGUUUUUUACACCCUUCGCUCAGCACUGCGAUGCGGCUGCAACCAGGGUGCCUUCUGCUCCCUGUGUACCAAAGUCACUCCAUUGCAUUCCCAUGCCCCAAACCUCCUUGCCUUCUGUUCCCGGCCUUUGCAGAGAAGAGGGGUUGGGGGGGGGGUUGCAGGUGCCUCCCAUAUCUCUUCCCAGAAAGGACAUGUGGAAUUGAUCAUCACCAGAAGGAUUUUGCUUCCGGCCUGUUGCAGCCGGCCACCGUUUUCUGACUCUCCUCCAGCACCCUGAGCGAACGUGGAGAGUGAACUGGAAACCUUUCAUCUCAGCCUGCCUUCUCCGUUGUGGAUUGAGACUCGGAUCCCACCCAUCUCUGCAUAUCGUUGCCAGUGGUCAAGAGCACUUUGAUCUUUUCUCCCACCCCAUCUCCUUUAAACCUGCUAGGUCUUCGUUUUGUUUCAUCUGUAGUCGGGAAGUCAGGAUCUGCAAACCCCAUAGCUUACUCCAUCAUUGGUGAGCCCUGCCCAACCAUUCCUGUGCACUGGGGGUGACUGUACCGUGCAUGGAAUUCCACACAGAAUCUGACACACAGCCUGGAUGCUUAAAGACUCUGUGCUCGCCUUAAUUACCUUUUUUCCAAGAGAGGGAGAGAGGGUAGUCCUCAAGAGCUGUAGAUGUACAUUUUGAAAAUGCCCCCACUGUGUUUGCAGAAGCCACUAAUGGCCAUUGCUUCUGCUAUUCCUUGCUUGAGGCCUCCUGCCCCAGUAUAGCACUUUACCAAAAAAUAGUCCCAGUUCUUAUAAGGCUUACUAUAAGGCAUGCAGUUGAGCAAAUGCAUGCAAAAUAAGGGCAAUUGCUGAAGGAGUACUUGAUUUUACCUACGUCUUUCUAAGCAGCUUUAGUAUCCUUUGUGCAGAAUGGAAGGAGGGGAAAGGACAGGGUCAGGUACGAAGAGUUCAGAUCAUCCUUGGCAGUUUUCCUUCUUCCCUUGCUCAUGAGUAUGAUUAUUAAGUGGAGAAGAUUUCUUAUCCUCAUGACGGUUGGGGAGUAGAGCCAGAUUCUCCAAAUGCAUCACUCUGUGCUUGCCACGAACAUUCCCCGUCUUCACCUAUCCUAGAAUUAACAGCUUUGUUGACACACAGACUCAGCAUCACUUCACAUGUAACUGUUUCUUGUGCACAGGAAACCUCUACCUGUGGGCAACAUGCAUAUAAUAUCAUAUGUGAAAAUAGUGCAAACAUCUCCUCCUCCAAGGGCACUUCUUUGGCAACUGCUUGUGUGGGGGUGUAAAGUGCCAUCAAGUUGCAGCUGACUUAUGUAGUGUGUUCAAGGCGAGAUGACCACAGGUAGUGUGCCAUCGCCUGCCUCUGCGUAAUGACCCUGGACUUCCUUGGUGGUUUCUCAUCCAAGUACUACCCAGUGCUGAUUCUGCUGAGAUUGGAUGAGAUCAAGCUAGCCGGGGAUCUACUUACGUAUAUGAAAAAAUGCACUGUGUGAAACAACCCUUAUCCUGAGAUGAAACAGAGGCAACCUCGAAGCCCCUGAUUAUCCAGGGGCCAGUUUUCCCUAACCGGCUUUUGCUUAAUGCCUUGAUAAAGGCGAACUGGCCACCUUUAUUCUUCGGGAGGAGGCUGCAAUAGUGGCAAUGGUUUGGGGGUAUCCAAAGGAUAAGAACUUAAAUACUUGGCGUUAGAGCAUUUAAAGUGCUUUUGCAGUCAUUCUCUCAGGAAACCUCUGGUAGCUAUACAUUUUCAUCUCGCCCUUCCUCCAAGGAAUGAUGUGUAUGCAGGCUCACUGCCAUCUCCUCCUUGCUCUCUUAAAACCCCUGUGGCCUCAGGCCAAGAGAGGAAGUUACUUAUGGUCACUGAGUGAGCUUCAUGGCUGAGGCUGACACUCUGACCACUAAACCACACUAGCUCUGCCAUAGAUGACCCACUGUGCAAUUUCCAUAAACAUCUGUGUAGGAACAGGUGGGGAACAAGGAAAGAAGAACCCAGCUCAAUACUUUUGAUAUUUGAUGCAGUCACUCAGUUGCUCAGAAUGCAAGGUUUGCAAAUCCUACCUUUGACUCCGGGUAAAAUAUCCAGAUUUAAGCUCUUCUGGCUCCAGAAACUGGACCUGGGGUUGGGCCUGCCUUCUCUCCUUUUUAAUUUUUUUGCAUGGUGAUUUCUUGUCUUUAUUUGUGUUAAUCCUAUUAUUAUUGGUGUAUUAUUUGUUUCUAACAAAUACUAUCUUUUAAACAACUUGAUUUUUUUUCUCAAACCCGGGGGGUUUGCUUUUUUUUUAUUUUAAAUCUCCUGUGUCAUUCAGUUUGUUUGGUUUUUUUCUUCUUGCUGGCUUGCAUCUUUUUGGAGUUCUUAUUCUGAUGUAAAGGGCCAUAGCAAUUAUCCUGUUCCUUUUUGUUAAAAAAGAAAAAAAGAAAGAAAAAGAAAUACUUUUUAAGAAAAAGUAUGUCUUCUAUUAAAAGCUCAUCUCAGAUAA